GGAUUUGUAGACUCAGAAGCUGAACCGUAUGACUACGUUUGUCGAUAUUUCGCACCGUGGGUGGGAAUUACGGAAGACCCCGCCACAGGUUCAGCUCAAUGCGCAUUGGCACCUUUCUGGGGAGCGAUGCUAAAGAAGCGCAGCCUCUAUGCAUACCAAUCGUAUCCAAACCGUGGAGCACAGUUUCGGAUAGAUCUUCACGAUUCCGGUCGACUAUCGAUUCUGGGCCAAUCUGUCACAGUUCUGCAAGGUCAAAUCCACUUUGAAUGA